AUGCCGCCUCCACCUCCCAUGAGCCGCGGCGACCGCGGAGCCGCGGACAACUCUGCCGCCAUCAACAGUGCAGUAAUGCGCGCCGCGACCGCGAGAGAGAGCCAUGCAUUCCAAGGUCCCUUUACUGACGAUGAUCAAAUGAAGGUCACAGAUUACCUGCUGAAGCGGGGGUUCAACCGCACGGAAGAAGUCUUUCGGCAAGAGUCCAAACAUCUCGGGCCCGAUGGUAAACCCAUCCAGCAGCUGGCCACCAUGGGCCCCAAGAAGUAUCAAAAGGCGUUCAAGCUCCUGAAGGAGUGGUUUGAGCUGUCGAAGCUCCUCUGGCCCAUGUUUGUCUACUCCUUCCUGGAGCUCGUCACUCUCGGAUAUGCAGACGAUGCCAAGGCCUUCUUGAAGGACCUGGGCCACCACUUCCAGCCCGUGCACGCAGACGACCUCAAGACGUUUGCGACGAUAACCCUGCCGCAGCACGUGGAGGAGAACGAAAUGGCCAAGCUGUACAAGGAGAACAAGUACCGCAUCCCACUGAACCAGCACGCUACGGGCGACUUGUUCAACUUUCUCGAGCGCGAGUCCGAGCAAGGCGGGUCGGUCAUCCGCCAGCUCAUCGCGUCGUCGUGCCAAAUCGACUCCACCGCUCGCGGCCCCAUCACCCCCUUCAGCUUUGAGUCUGUCUUUCGGAGAUCCAAAAACGCAGACAUCGAGGAGAUCGAUGCCAGGGAAGGCAUCCCGGGCGUCAACAUCGGGCUUGCCAACCGAGACGUGCUCGACCCCGCACAGCCGCUCAAGCUCGGUCCGCUGCCCAUGGAGCAGGAGCUCCGCGAGGACGUGCGAGCCGAACUGGAGGACGAAGAGAAGCGUAACCCGCCACCGGAGGGAACCGCUAGCCUGGUCGACCUCUUCGACCAAAAGAUCAAGCGCGAGGAGAGCGCCGACGCCCCGAGCCGCGCCGACCUGCCACUGCCACCGUCGCGACCACGCGACGUGAUGCUGGAGAUGCAGAGAGUGCGGGAGAAUAGAGACCGGUUCAAGAUCGAGGGACGGACCGGCGGCAUUGGAACGUCCGUGAGCGCGUGCAUGUUCACGUUUCACAACACGCUGGGCGGCGCCACCUGUCUGGACUUUUCGGACGACGGCCGACUUGUUGCCGCCGGCACGGGCGAAUCGUACAUUCGCGUCUGGUCGCUCGACGGCAAGGAGCUCCCGACUAUGAAUCCGCACGAAAAGGACGCCAAAUUCAACAGCCGCAAGCUCAUCGGCCACUCGGGCCCAGUCUACGAUGUGUCCUUCUCCGACUCGGCAUCCGGCCCGCCGCAAAGGCUCUUUGGAGACGAGGGUCGCUCGUUGCCUCCCAUCGAUGGGCGACCCAAGCUGCUCUUGUCUUGCGCCGCAGACGGCCACAUUCGUCUGUGGUCUCUCGAAUCCUGGAGCUGCCUCUGCCUCUACAAGUCUCACGACGGCCCCGUUUACCGCACGAUGUGGGGCCCUCACGGCCAUUACUUCCUCAGCGGCGGAUACGACAAGGUGGUGCGCGUUUGGAUGCAAGACCACGCGUCACCGCAGCGACUCCUCGUUGGACAUGAUACGUCCAUCUCUGCCAUCACGUGGCACCCUAACGGAAUGUACGUCUUUUCGGCGUCUGAUGAGACGGACAAGUCGAUCCGGAUGUGGUCCGUCCUCACCGGUCAGUGUGUGCGCGUCUUCACGGGCCACACCGACUACAUCAGCGCGCUCGAGUGCGCGCCCAACGGCACGCUCCUAGCCAGCGCCGACUGCUCCGGAAACAUCAUCUUCUGGGACAUCCACAAGGGCACGCGCAUCAAGCGGUCGCGCGGACAUGCACGAGGCGGCAUCUGGUCGCUCAGCUUCAGCGUCGAGUCCAACGUGCUCGUCUCUGGCGGGCAGGACGGAACCGUGAGGCUUUGGGACGUGGAGCUGCCCGUGGACCCUCAGAAGGUCGCCCAGCAGGUCGGCCUGGACCCGGCCGCUGCGGACGCCCCGGCAGCCGGAGCGGCCAACGCGCAGGGCAACGCCGCUGCUGCACAGCCCGCGCCCGCGACCGGCACUCACAAGAAGAAGGGCAAGGAGGUCAUGGUGACUCCCGACCAGAUCAGUGCCUUCCCGACCAAGAAGACGCCUGUUAUGAAGGUCAAGUUCACCAGGAUGAACCUGGUGGUUGCUGGCGGUUGCUACGAUCCGGAGCGUUAG